AUUGUUCUUUAAGCUAAAGCAUAUUCCCAAAACAACAGAGAUAGAAAAACAAAAAGCUUAACGCUUUCCCUAUGUUCGUCGUCUUUUCUGAUUCGGGUUUCCCUCAAUUUCACUCUUACGUCGCGUGCAAUCUUUUAAACAACCUUUGGAACAAUUAUCUCUGGUUUCUUCAAAGCUAUGGAUUCUAAUGGUGGAAACGUAUUGCCAACGAGGAGUUUUUUAGCAAAUGGGUUGUUUUCCCAAUUACAUAUACCCGGACGCUUCGCCUUCGAAGCAUUUAGUUGCAUCUCCAAGUUUACAGGAGCUUUGCUUUGUUGGUUUUCAAAUGGGAACAAUUUGCAAAAAAGGGAGAUAACUAACUAUCAAUGCAGCUUAAGCUGUGAUGAUUCUUCGAAGCGUAUCAACAGUUAUCCAACCUUCUCUGUUUUCCGUUUCCACUAUGGAUCAAAAGAAAUAACCCCUGGCUUCUUUGGAAACAUUUCUAAAUCCACUAUUUUGCAUUUCGUUAAUGAAGCUGAGAGGCUACAUUCGUAUUCUGUACUCUCUUUGGCUGUUUCGUUGAUACCAUUUUUACAUAAUAUGACGAUGAAUGGACUUGCUCUGCCACUAGGAAGUAAUGAUGUUAAACUACCGGAGAACAUUGAACAUAGGACUUAUCAGGUUGGUCGUGAGGAAUAUAGUGCUUUGACUUUUCAAAAAUUGGACUGGAAAAGACAAACAGUUGAGCCUCGAACCGGGAUUGAAUUCCCAAUGUUGUUGAAGAAAAAUGCUUCUGGACUUACUUCUGAGGUGCUUGUUGCAACUGGAUCUCGGACAAUGCAAAUUAUCAGAAUCAAAUCUCUAAAAGUAUAUGCAUUUGGUUUUUAUGUUCAUCCUUCCUCGGUCUGCCAGAAGCUUGGCCCAAAGUAUGCCUCUAUUCCAGCGAGCAAACUCGACAAAUGCGAUGACUUAUACAAAGACCUUCUUAGGGAGGAUAUCGUCAUGAGUGUGAGGCUUGUGGUUAACUACAGUGGCUUGAAGAUUAAUACUGUGAGAGAUGCUUUUGAGAAAUCUCUCCGUGCUCGUUUGGUUAAGGCAAAUCCAAAAACUAAUUUCCAUUGCUUGAAUGAUUUUGGUUCAUUCUUCACACAAGACAUUCCAAUACCCGCGGGAACAGUAAUAGACUUUCGACGAACAGCUGAUGGACAACUAAUCACAGAGAUUGGCGGUAAUCUGAUUGGAGCUGUCCGUAGCAAGGAUCUUUGCCGGGCGUUUUUUGAUAUGUACAUUGGAGAUGUUCCGGUUUCUGAACAGACCAAGAAAGAGAUUGGUAGGAACGUGGUGGGAAUGAUAAAGAGGUGCUGACAAUCAAUUUAGACGUCCAAUGGCUUCUGAGUUUUAGAAGAAGGCAAUCGGGUAUGAUAAAGAGGUGCUGAAUCUUAAUGUCUAGCUCGUGGAUGAACACGGAAUACUAAAUUCUUAGUAAGCAGCUUGGCACAAGUUAUAUUAGAUUGUCUUGAUUUGUUGUAUGAAAGUAUGUUCCUUAUUGUAUCCUUGGUGAAGGAAAAGAAAAUGAUCAUCUUUUAAUACCUGGAGCUGUGGAGUAAA